AGAAAUAGCGGUUGCCUUGGCAACUUCUGGCGUGGGAUUGUUUGAGGAAAUGAACGUGUGAAGCAUGGCUCUUCAACACUGGGCAGACACUCUCAGGAAAGCCAAGAAAACUGCUUUACUGUCUGAUGGGAAAAGGAAAGUUCAUUAUCUGUUUGAAGAUGGCGAUGAGAUGGCUGAGGAGUAUGACCUGAAAACAGAUCAACUUGUCUUACGAAAGUGGCGACAUAAAAGCACUUUUGGAGGCCAGGGACAGUGGAUAGUGGAAGCUGGAGAAACCAACCCAAAUGGUGUUACCUCCGAUUUAAUAAAAGAGAGCAGUUCAAAUCCAUUGUUCAUGCGUAAGGACACAAAGACCAGUUUCCAGUGGAGGAUACGGAAUAUUCCUUACCCUGUAGAAGUCUACAGUGUAUCAGCAGAGCCAGCGGAGAGAUGUUGUGUCAUCCGAACCUCAAACAAAAAGUACUAUAAGAAGUUCAGUAUUCCAGAUCUCGACCGUUGCCAGCUGCCUUUGGAGAGCGCAGCUCUGAGUUUUACCCACGCCAACAACACUUUAAUCAUCAGCUACAAGAAGCCCAAGGAGAUUUUAGAACUGGAACAGGAGCUGCUUGGGGAACUGAAGAAACUGAAGGGGACAAGUGAAGGAGAUAUUGACUGUAAAACUCAGUGAACUGCUGCAGAUCCGGAGCCUUUGCAUUGUUGUAUUUUUCUGGCUGUUAUUCUUGUUGUUUAUGUGGAUUUAAAGUCUCAUAUUGGCAUGUUUCUGUCAGCCUUGUGUGUCCAACCAAUUCACUUUCAAUGUGUUUUUUUUUUUUUUUUUCAAUUUAAAAUUUCAAAUGUUAUGCUGAUUGUUGUUUCACCUGCACAAUUGUUCUUUGAAUAAAUGAAUAAAUA